AUGAACAAAGGAGGAAAAGCCCUAUUUUAGCAUUUUAGUUACAAGACAAAUAACUCAGCUGUCGUUGUGUCUAAUGCAGAAUCUCAAGAAGCCACUUAAAUGGUCAUUUAAGAUUUUUUGCAAGCCAUGAUAUCACUACUAUUGUUGGAAAGGAAGCUGGCUUGCAGCAAUUAUAAGCAGUAGGUUUAAAUGCUUGUUAGAAGUAAGAAAAGAGCGGUGAAGUAACAAAACAAGCUGUAAGUAGAAAGAAAAGCUGUAAGUUUUAAGUACACUCAUAAAGUGUAUUUUUAGCCCAAUGCACUUACUCUUAGCAAUCCAGCUGGUUUUGAAGUCUUAACAUAUACUCGCUUUUGUUUUUUUGAAGACUUUCAGUUGCAGUUCAGAUGAUGGGGAGUGUAUGAGGGGAUAAGUGCCAGUUAAAGCGUCUUAAAUUGACGAGAAAGAAAGUGCACUGCUUAGCAGGUAUUCCGUGUCCAUUUCAUAAGUAAGGGGAGGGGAUGCUGGAGGAUGGAUUUCAGAGGGCUUGCGAUGGCGAGGCUCGGGAUUGGUGGACGCUGCUGUUUGGCAUGGCCCCCUGCCAAGCGCUUAUGUCUUUAUAUACUGUAAACAGAUGACCAACCAGUCCCGAGUGUGUCUCUGUGUUCACCCUCUGGCUCUCUGCACCUUCUCUCUUACCUUCUUCAUCCUCUUGUCUGUGCACCUUCACUGCCUCUGGAAAGCCUCAAGACUUUCAACAAGACCGGGCAAAACCAGCGAACACAUCCUCCUUCAUAAAAAGUCUUGACUCAUUUUUUAGGGAAACCACCAGUCAAGCCUUCAGCUGUUCGCAGUGCCGGCGUGGGAGAAAGAAACCAUGUCUCAACAGAUGUUGCUCUUGACGGUGGUGUCCAUGUGGCUUUUCACCGGGUACUUCCUGGCAGAGGCGACAUAUUACAACCACCAUAUGUACAACCGCUUCCGUGCGCUCAAUCACCAUGUCAACAUGGACAAUCAGCUUCCUCCAGAAGUACCUGUGGUGGCAGAGCCAGUGCUGUCCCGGCCGGUCAACUUCAGUCGCACCUUUUAUGGGAUCAUGUUCGAUGCUGGCAGCUCUGGCACUCGCAUCCAUGUGUACAGGUUCAUUCAAAAAGACCCAGCUGAGCUCCCAGUGCUGGACCAUGAGAUGUAUAAUGCAGUAAAGCCUGGACUGUCACAAUAUACGGAUAAGCCUGAUGUGGGUGGUGAAACUAUUAGGCAGCUGCUGAAGGUGGCAAAGAAGACAAUUCCUAAAGAGUUAUGGAUACAGACACCUGUGGUUCUGAGAGCCACUGCCGGCUUGCGCAUGUUGACUCCAGAAAAAGCCAAAGUCCUGUUGGAUGAGGUGAAAGAAGUUUUUGACGACUCUCCUUUCUUUGUGCCAAACAAUGGUAUCUCCAUCAUGAAUGGCGCCAAUGAAGGGGUCUUGGCAUGGGUUACAGUAAACUACCUGACAGGUCAUUUGUAUGCUAAAACAAGAAGAACUGUUGGGAUCCUGGAUUUGGGGGGAGGUUCAACACAGAUGACCUUCCUUCCUAAAUUAAAGAAAACAGUAUUGAAUGCUCCUCCAGACUACAUUGCCAAAUUUGACCUGUUCAACGCAACUUACGAUCUGUACUCCCACAGUUAUCUUAGAAAGGGACUCUUUGCAGCCCGACUGGCAACUCUUGGUGCUCUUGGUUCAGAUGAUCUUGACUGGAAAGUUUUUAGAAGUUCUUGUUUACCUAAAAAAUUCAGUGAUGAAAUGACCUUUGGUGAUCACACCUACAAAGUCAGUGGAAUACCAGACGGUUAUGCAGGGUACAAGCUUUGCUAUCAAGAGGUCUUGCGGGUAGUGAAAGGGAUUGUGCACCAGCCCUUGGAGGUGAAGGGAAGCAGCGUCUUCUAUGCCUUCUCCUAUUACUACGACAGAGCUGCGGAUUCUGGUCUUAUUGAUAAAGACCGCGGUGGCACUGUGGAAGUCAGGGAUUUCAAAAAGAGAGCCAAAGAAGUGUGCAACAAGAUGACCAAAUACCGUCCAAUCAGUCCUUACCUGUGCAUGGACAUGACUUACAUCACCUGCCUAUUGAAAGAGGGAUUCGGCUUCAAGGAUAGCACUGUUCUGCAGCUAACUAAAAAGGUCAAUAACGUGGAGUUAAGCUGGGCGCUCGGUGCUACCUUUGACUAUUUCCGCAGCCUUAACAUUCAUUAAGGCUGCAGUCUUGUGGCUACCAGCAGUAAGGGGACCAAGGGAUCGAGAAACCCCCUCCUCUAUUCCUAAACUCUUCAGUGACUUUCAGACAUGCACUGCCCUGUACCACCAUGCUCUCCGCUACCAUCCGCAACCAAACCCCCAGAAAACUGCUCACAAAGAGAUCGCUAUAUUUUUGAAAAGACGGCCAGGCCAGCCUGCCCUUUCUACUGUACGUUCAUGUUUUUCCUCUCGUCGGAGAUACUGUCUGUCUACUUUGGAGGUUUCAAUGUAUAACGCAACCAUUCACAGCUGUUCAGGAUGCUUCAUUUAUGUUGUUGUUGUUUGGGAUAUUUGUAAAAAGCAUUGUGUUGAGUAGUAUAGCUUGAUUGUCUUUUACAGUAAUCUGUUGGUAGUAGUACUUGUACACUAGUGCAGUACUGUGUUGUGUUGGGUUAUGAUCAAUUAUAAUGAAUACUGAAGUCUUUGGUGCCCUUAUUCUAGCACGCUACACUUUAAAAGUAGCUGUAAGAGCUACAGCCAUCUGUACUUCUCUUUUGGAAUAUUGUUUGUGAUUACUGGGCUCAAAAGGGGAUAACUGUGCAGGUAGGGAUAGGAUCAUAUUAUCAACUGAAAUCAUUCAUUGAUGAAAUCAUGAAUGAUGCGAACAAAUGCACAUCUUGAGAUUGAGAAGGUCUGCUGUAGAGUUGGAGAACAUCUUCAGAUGGACAUUCUCUAGGCAAAAUGCUACAGGUGCUUUUAUAACUUUUUGGUGCUUUUUUAUUAUGCUGAAUGGCAUACAGUAUGAUAUGAGUGCAUCGUAGCCAUUAUCAAUUAAACAGGCACACUUUUAGUUAGUUCCUGCCAGUAUUUACAUUAAAUCUAACUCAAAUGACUACUUGCUGAAGUUAAACGUUUAUGGUACUGUAUGCCAAAUUUACUCAUUAGACUUUGUUAAUAGUCAUAUACCAACAUGCAAACAGUUUAGAAUACCGUCAGUAACAUGUGUCUUGGUUUGGUUAUUGUGGAGGUUUCGAUUGUUAAUACGGGGAACAGAACUGUGUGUGCAUGCUCAGGUGUAAAGCAUUGAGAAGAACAAGGUCUUCUGGAAACACAAUGUUUAAGUGGUACCUCUUACAUGCACAUACCCUGAAUGAUUUAGGAAAACAGCGUGAGAAGGGAACAGCCUUUGCUCAUUUAGCGUCAUGUCAUGCUAAGUGUGUUUUGUGAAUUAUUGUACAAAUAUUUAUUACAGGUGGAUACUCCAUAUAGAGAAUAGUGCAGUGUGGCAUUGUUGUUGCUUGUUAAUUUGAGAACUUCUUUAAACCAGCAGCAGUAUACCAUGAUACAAUAUGUGUAUUUACUACCAAUGUAUAUAUCAGCUAUUAGCAUAAUCAAUGCGAGUCUGCAUUAUUACAGACACUUGUUUGAUAUGAAAAAAUAUUAUUUUUUGCCUUUUUGGGUAUUAUUAUCUGCAGAAAAUGCUAUAAAUAUGGCUAUGCUUUUCAAACAAAUGUCACUCAAUGUUGUGUAUGAAGUAAUACUGUACAUGUAUGAAUAAUAAAAAAAGAAACACAUCAACUUUGCUGAUUCUUAUAAUUCUCAUUUUAUAAAAACAUGUAAAUCCAUAUAGAGGUGUCUUUUAAUCUUUUGACAACUGUAUUGACUUCCAUUACCUGUCUGCGAAAGCAUAAUUACAUUGUAACUGCAUAUAACUAAUAUAAGGACUUCUUUAAAUAAAAUAAACCAUG